ACAACAUAACAUAAGCAAACGAAAAUAAUAAUACAGUGCAGUGUAGCGGCAUCAGGCAUGUAAUUAAGCCAUUCUAGUUCUAGUAAUGAAUGCCAUCUCUCCACCCGCGCCCCCACCACGGCCGCAACCGCUCCGCCGCGGCGGUGCGCGGCGUCCACGCCGACCUCGUCAAGAGCGGCCUCCGCCACGCGCCUCCCUUCCCGGCCUCCCUCCUCGCCGCCUACGCCAAGUGCGCCCUCCCGCUCGCCCACGCCCACCAACUGUUCGACGAAACCCCCCACCGAGACCCCGCCCUCUACUCCGCCCUCCUCUCCGCGCUCUCCCGCUCCCCCUCCCCCUCCCCGGCCCUCGUCCUCCCCCUCUUCCGCCGCAUGCUCUACGUCGAUCUCGUCCCCCCCGACCACUUCAUCCUCGCCUCCGUCGUCAACGCCUGCGCCCGCUUGGGCUCCCUCCGCCUCGGCAAGCAGUCACACGCCCAAUUCGUUCUCUCCCCUUUCUCCGGCGAUGCCGUCGUCAAGUCCUCCCUUAUCGACAUGUACUCCAAGUGCGGUGCCCCCGACGACGCCCGCAAGGUGUUCGAUACAAUCACUGUGAAAAACCAUGUUAUUUGGACUGCUAUGGUUUCUGGGUACGCGUCGAAUGCCCGUAAUCUUGAAGCUCUGGAGCUGUUUGAACGAAUGCCGGAGAGGGACCUGUUUACGUGGACCGCCCUGAUCUCCGGGUUUAUUCAGAGCGGCGACUGCUUCGGUGGCGUGAAGCUGUUUGAGGAUAUGCGGGGGGACGGGGUGCGAAUCGACGAUGCUUUUAUUAUCUCGAGUGCAAUUGGUGGUGCUUCUCAUUUGGCUGCGCUAUCUGCAGGCAAGCAACUCCAUGGCCUCGGGGCGCGUCUUGGGUACGAGUCGAGCAUGAUCGUGGGCAAUGCUCUUGUCGACAUGUACGCAAAGUGUAGUGAUAUUUGCUCUGCCAGGGCCGUGUUUGAGGGGAUCGUGACGCGGGAUGUUAUUUCGUGGACGACAAUGGUGAUUGGGGAGGCUAGGCAUGGUCGAGCAAAGGAAGCAUUAUCUCUUUAUGAUAGGAUGGUUCUUGGCGGAGUGAAGCCAAAUGAGGCGACCUUCGUCGGAUUACUCUACGCUUGUAGCCAUGCGGGUCUAGUUCAAAAGGGCCGUGAGCUCUUCGAUUCGAUGAUAAAGGACUACGGCAUUAAACCUUCGCUGCAACACUACACUUGCUUGUUGGAUCUUCUCAGCCGAUCGGGGUACUUAUCUGAAGCGGAGGAUAUAAUCACUUCAAUGCCUUAUCAACCGGAUGAAGCUACUUGGGCGGCUUUGUUGAGCGCUUGUAAGAAGCACGGCAAUGCCCAUAUGAGCGUUCGAAUUGCCGAUCAUCUAUUGCGCUUGAAACCCAGAGAACCUUCGACGUAUAUACUUCUGUCCAAUACGUAUGCCGUGAACGGAAAGUGGGGUUGUGUCGCCCAGGUGAGGAGGUCGAUCGCCGAAAUGGAGAUUAGAAAAGAGCCAGGCUACAGCUGGAUUGAGCUGGGCAAAGAGUGCUUCUUGUUUCGAGCAGGGGAAGCGCCGCAUGACAUGAGAGACGAGAUUCUACGCCUUCUCGACGAAUUGAUGAUGGAGAUGAAGAAGAGAGGUUAUGCUCCUGAUACUAGUUUUGUUAUGCAUGAUUUGGAAGAGCAUGAGAAAGAGCAGCAGUUGUUUAUGCACAGCGAGAGAUUGGCCGUCGCAUCCGGAUUACUUAAAUCCGUUCCAGGAACGGUGAUUCGCGUGGUGAAGAACCUUCGGGUUUGCGGGGACUGUCAUACGGUAUUGAAGCUGAUUAGCGAUAUUACUCAUAGACAGAUUGUCGUGAGAGAUGCGAAUCGGUUUCACCAUUUCGAGGGCGGCAUUUGCUCCUGUCACGAUUUUUGGUAAAGCAUUCCGGGAACCAAAUUGGCCUACUAAGCAAGUAUUCCGCAAUUCGCACAAACUAACUUCCACUGCGAUGUAUGGCCUAAUUCCUAACAUAUUAUGUGUUUAGUAGAUACUACUUUGCUGUGUCUUUCUCAAAAUGUUGAUGAGUCAAAGUUUCAGAAUCAAAAACUUAGGUGCCAAACAAAAACUGAUGUCGAUUUUUGGUAGUACUUCAGGAACCAGAUUGAUCAAUUAAGCAAGUAUUCUGCAAUUCACACAAAGUAACUUCCACUCCGAUAGAUACGACCUGCGAUAUUUUGUGUUUAUAAGAUUCUGCUUUGUAUGUUUCUAUCUUAAUCUUUCGAUGAGGCGAAAAUUCAGAAUCAGAAACUUAAA